CGAUCUCCUAUCGAAUUCUAACUAUGGAGUACCGGGAAGCUAUCUAUUCGAAGUAUCAAAUACAAUUCGUGAAAUAGGGAAAGUUGUCUGCAGAUCAACCAACCCCUGUCUAAAUGGAGGAUCAUGUAUGGACAAUGAGUGUUCCUGCGCUGGAGGUUUCUAUGGAAGAUUCUGUCAUUUGUCGGAUUCAACAGGCGAAGAUAGUUGUGCUGCCCACCCCUGCCUUAAUGGAGGAAACUGUGAGGAUGGUUCUUGCUUGUGUCCGGCUGCGUUUUCCGGCAACCGUUGUCAAGAUAAGCUGACAUCUGUUGAGUGCGGAAGUGGUUCAAUGACUGUCACCAUUGAUAAACGUCUAGUCCCUGGUAAUGCUAAUGCUGUUCAUUUCAUAAACCAAUCUUGUUUCGGAGUCGAAAGCUCAAAUUCUGAUGAGAUAACUCUGUCUACAAACUAUAGAGAGUGUGGCACCACCUUAACGGAUGAUGUCUCUACAAUGACUUUUUCUAAUGUUAUCACUUAUGAAAAACCUGAAGCUGAAGGAGAUACAGCAAUCACUCGAGAAUAUCAAAUGCAGCUUCGGGUGGAAUGUUGUUUAAACAAAUCAGAAACAGUUGAUGGGUCCUUCAAACCACGCCUUGGUAAGGUUGCCUUCAGCGACAAGAGCACUGGUAACUUCGAUCUAAAUCUGGCAAGGUUCAAGACAGAGAAUAUUCAGGAAGUUGACUCUAGCUCGGUGUCGCUAGGCCAAGAACUCUUCUUUGAAGUCAGUCUUAAAUCGGUAGAAAUCCUUGGUAUGUUCAUAGAGAGCUGUUGGGCUACAGCAACCGUGGACCCAGCGACAAAUCCACACCACUCUCUGAUUUCCUCAAGAUGCCCAGAAGAUCCAACAACGUCCAUCAAUAAUGACCUUGAUUUGGAUCGAGAAAGUUUUUCCUUUAAGGCAUUUGCAUUCACUGGUGACAAUCAAAACACCCAGGUAUACGUUCACUGUUUAGUGAUGGUAUGCGGUGCAGAGGAGGCUCGGUUGAAUCGAGACAUGGGCUGCCCCUCAAACGACGGUGAAGCUGCAUUUUGGAACUCAUCACCGGUUCGCAAACGACGAUCUACGUCAUCCCUUUCCACUCAAACGAUCAGUAGUGGUCCGAUUCGUAUCCGUAACCCUACCAGUGGCAUGGCAACUAAUGAUGUGUCUUUGUACAACCCGUUUGCGAUGCUCAUCCUUGGUAUCAGCGCCGCAGUGGUUGCCAUGCUUAUUCUGAUGGGUGUGGUCAAGCUAGUUGGUACCAACUUCAACUAUCACCGUGUGUCGACCGAGACCAUUUAAGGGAUUUAACUCUUAACAUGCUGGUGAUGCUAAUUGGCUCCAAAAAUACA